AUGGCAACAGAAGCCAUCCAAGUCCACCCCUCAUGGCGGACCAAACAUCCCACCCAACCACACUUAACCACGCUCAAGGACUACCACGCCCUUUACCAAGAAUCCAUCACCUCGCCAGAGACCUUCUGGAGCAAGCAAGCACACGACCUCCUCACCUUCACCCGUGACUUCCACACUACCCACCUGGGCUCCUUCGCGAGCGGCGACAGUGCCUGGUUCCUGGGCGGCCAGCUGAACGCCUCCUUCAACUGUGUAGACCGCCACGCAAUCCGCCACCCGGAACGGAUAGCCCUGAUCUUCGAGCCCGAUGACCCAGCAGACGGCAGCGUCGUCAUCACCUACAGCGAACUACUGAAGCAAGUCUGCCGCCUGGCAUGGUGUCUGCGGGCGCAGGGGGUCCGCAAGGGCGACAUCGUAACGAUCUACAUGCCCAUGAUCCCCGAGACGGUGUACGCGGUGCUGGCGUGCGCGCGUCUCGGCGCCGUGCACUCCGUCGUGUUCGCGGGUUUCUCGGCGGAGGCCCUGCGGGACCGCGUGCUUGACGCACGGUCCUCGGUGGUUAUCACCGUUGACCAAGGCCGCCGCGGGGGCAAGGUAGUUCCCACGAAGCAGGUCGUGGACGACGCGGUGAAGGACUGUCGGACCGUAUCCUCCGUGUUGACGUUCCGCCGAACCGGUGCUCAAAUCCCAUGGACAAAGGGCCGAGACAUCUGGUGCGACGAUGCGAUGAAGAAAUUCCCGAGCUACAUCCCGCCUGAGCCAAUGGACUCGGAGGACUAUCUCUUCCUCCUGUACACAUCCGGAUCGACGGGGAAGCCAAAGGGGGUACUGCAUAGUACGGCGGGGUACCUGCUCGGCGCGGCGAUCACGGCGAAAUAUGUCUUCGAUCUGCACGAGCACGACCGGUUCUUCUGUGCCGGGGACAUCGGGUGGAUCACUGGCCACACGUAUGUGGUUUAUGCGCCGUUGUUGUUGGGCUGCACCACUGUUAUCUUCGAGGGCACGCCCGCGUAUCCUUCGUAUUCGCGGUACUGGGAGAUCCUGGCGAAGCAUGCUGUCACCCAUUUCUAUGCUGCUCCAACAGCACUGAGGUUGUUGAAACGAGAGCAGGCGCAGAUUGAGGUCGCUGGAUUUGAUACAAGUCACUUGCGGGUGCUGGGAUCUGUUGGUGAGCCCAUCGCGCCGGAGAUCUGGAAGUGGUAUUACGAGGUGAUGGGCAAGGGGGAGGCUUGUGUGACAGAUACCUACUGGCAAACGGAAACAGGAUCGCACAUCAUCGCCUCUCUCGCUGGGGUGACCCCCAUGAAACCGGGCAGCGCCUCCCUGCCCAUGUUCGGGAUUGACUUUGCCAUCAUUGAUCCUGUAUCCGGAGAGGAGCUGACAGGGAACGAGGUGGAGGGGGUCCUGGCAAUCAAACAGCCCUGGCCCAGCAUGGCCCGCACCAUCCGCAACAGCCAUGAUCGCUUCACGGAGACAUACUUCGAUGUGUAUCGAGGGUACUACUUCACCGGAGAUGGCGCCUUCCGUGACAAGGACGGAUACUACUGGAUCCGCGGCCGAGUCGACGACGUGGUCAACGUCUCCGGCCACCGGCUCUCCACCUCGGAGAUCGAAGCCGCCCUGAUUGAACAUCCCAACGUGGCCGAAGCCGCCAUCAUCGGAAUCCCGGACAAUUUGACCGGCCAAGCUAUCAAUGCCCUCGUCUCCCUCAAAACAACGUCCAAGCCAGAUGAUAUCGAGAAGGAGUUGAUGGUCCAGGUACGCAAGUCUAUUGGGCCUUUUGCCGCUCCGAAGAGGAUUUUUGUCGUGUCGGAUUUGCCCAAGACCCGGAGUGGGAAGAUUGUUCGACGAAUCUUGAGGAAAGCUUUGACGGGUGAGAUGGAGUUUGGGGAUACAUCUACUUUGGCUGAUCCCGGGGUGGUGGACGAGAUUAUUCGUGUGGUGAAUGCGGGCUAG